UACACGCCCCGUAUCUCCUGCAUCAUCCGUCUGCAUCCGGUAGCAUCAAAACAACAGGACUCGAUGAGUACUUAACCCACCAAACGCAGCCUCCGUGGCCAUAGCGAGCAGGUGAGCACUUCGACAAACCCAACACCACCCACUGCCAAACAUGGCGGACGUCAACCAUGCGGAACCGGGACCGGAACCGGAACUCUCCCACCCCAUCACACAACCCAUCCCCACCCCCCACCGCCGCAACACCGCCGCCUCCUCCACCUCCGGCGCCGACACCUGCCGCAUCUGCCGCUCCGAAGCCACGCCCACCGAACCCCUCUUCCACCCCUGCAAAUGCUCCGGCAGCAUCAAACACGUGCACCAGGAAUGCCUGAUGGAGUGGCUCUCCCACUCGCACAAGAAGCACUGCGAGCUCUGCCACACGCCCUUUCGCUUCACCAAACUCUACGAUGCCCAUAUGCCGGAGACAUUACCGUGGUUUGUGUUCCUGCGGCAGGCGGGCGUGCAUGGGGUGCGGAUGUUGUUGGGGCUGGCGAGGGGGGUGUUGGUGGGGUGUGUGUGGUUGGGGGUCCUGCCGUGGUUGAUUCGGUGGUCGUGGCGGUGGAUGUUCUGGGUGGCGGAUGCGGGGUGGGCGAGGGAGGUGUGGCUGAGUAGGAGGAGGAGGGAGGGUGCGGGGUGGGAGGAGAGUAUGGCGCGGGUCAACGAAACGGACUACAACCUUUUCGGGCUCAGCGAAACAUUCAGCAAAUUUCUCAACAUUACGAUCAACGCGCAAGUGGACGAAGCCGGGCCGGCAGUCUACAACUGGCUAAAAGAUAACCUCAUCACGGCCAUCACCUCCCACAACCCCCAACCCGCCGCCCCUACCUCCGCCUCCGCGAACCCCGAAGCCGCAAGCUCACUCCUAAGCAACGUCACCUACCUCUCCAACCUCACCUCCUCCCCCGCCCUCAACCGCCUAAUCCUAGACAUCAUGGAAGGCCAGCUCAUCACCUGCGUCGUCAUCACCGGCUUCAUCCUCGUCUUCCUAAUCCGCGAAUGGGUCGUGCAGCAACAACCGCUCGUCGCGUUGGAAGGGCUGGGCCAGGUACAGCAACAGUUGCGAGAAGCUGCGGAGCGGGUGGAAGCGGAGAAUGAGCGGUUAAGGCGUCAGCAAGAGUUGCUAGAGCAGGCGAGGCGGAGACUAAUGGAGUUGAAAGAGGAGACCGACGCUUUCAACACAGGCAAUACCGACCACGAAGGCGAGGGCGGCAGCGAAGAGUUCAUCGGCUGGGAAGGAUUGGAGGGCUUAAUCGAGGAAGCCACGGCGUAUCUGCGUCAAUCUUCUAGCGGCCAGGAUGAUAGUAAUGCGUGGGAGUCGGCUUUCCGCGCCGCGGCGGAAGCGACGAUGCAUCAGAUCCGCGUGGCCGGUCGUAGGGGCGUGGAUGCGACGGAGUUGGCGGAUCACAUUACGGGGCAACUUGCUACUUUUCCGCCGGAGCAGAGGGGGAGGUGGGAGGAUUUGCUUGUGGAGGAGGUGGGGAGGUUGGGGGAACGGACGAGGGGUCAGACUGAGACUGAGAUGGAGGAGGAGAUGGUGACGGAGAUGGAGGAGGAGAGGGUUGGGGUGGUUUCCGAGCAAAACGGGAGCGUGAAAGAGUCCGAUGAGAGUGUAGGAUUGCCGAAAAGGCCUAGAAUGCCUGAGCGGGACUUCUCGAGCCGCGCGACGCAUAUCCAGAGGUUGUUGGAGGAGGCGGAGGGGAUAUUCAGCCCGAAUUCGACCUCGAACUCGCGCGAGGGCGGGAGGGUUGCCAUCAACGAGCGACAGGAUGGAGUCAUCGCGGGCCCGAGCCAGGAUCAGCUGCUCCAACUCCAGCUUCCCCAUCACGGUUCCUUUCCCCCUUCCAACAGUGACAACAUCAAUGACGCAGUUUCAUCCCCACCGAACACUCAGAAGUCUGCGGUCGAGGACGAGGACGACUACGAACUCCCCAUCACCAACGCCGGACCCGAUGCUAAGAUCAAUAUCCGCCGUAGUGGGAAGGGGAAGGCGAGGCUGGCUGUGCCGGAGCCGGAAAUAGCGCCGAGGGAGCGGGAGGAUCAAGAGAAGAGGAGGAUGGAGGAUGAGGCCAUGAGGAGGUUGGAGGAGGAGAUCAAGGUGGAAGAUGCGGUUGCGGCGGUGGAGGAGAAGAGGAAGACGGAGAGGGAGACGCUUGAGGUCGCUGAGGCGGGGGCGGGUAAUCCGUUUCAUCCGGACGGUCCGGAACCAGAAAGAAGGGGAGAGGGUCAAAUGGCUGAUGGGCGAGAGGCGGCGAUUGUUGCUGAGCCUGAAGGUGGCGCUGAUGGAGAGUGGGUAGACAUACCGGAGACGGAUCCUGACAACAAUGCAGCUGGGGAGGCUGAGGAGGUGGAUGCUGAAGAAGAAGACGAUGCACAAGAGCCACGACCACCUCCACCCCAGCCCACCCCCUUUCAACGUCUCGCCGACUGGUUCUGGGCCGACAUUCAACCACAAAACGCACCGGACAAUGCACCUCCGCCUCCACCCAACGAAGAGCGCGCUGUGGAAGCCGACGGGGAAGCGGCAGCGUUCCUCCCGGGCGCUCUCCCUCCGCCCGCCGGUGCCGCCGCCCUUCCCGCAGCAGCCCUCGACGCCCCCGACCCCGAAGUCCUCGCCGCAGCCCAACAAGCCGGCGCCCUCGACCCAGACGGCGGCGCAAUCGACCCCGAACUCGAAGACCUAGAAGGCAUCUUCGAGCUCGUCGGCCUACAAGGCCCGCUCCUCGGCCUCCUUCAAACCAGCACCUUCGCCAGCGUCCUCGUCACGGGAACCGUCUUCGGCGCGGUCGGGUUGCCGUAUAUGUGGGGUAAACUUGUCCUCAGUUUCCUUGCGAACCCUUGGACGAUUCUCGUGAAAGCGCCGUUCAGACUUGUCAGCUGGGUCGCGGAUUUCGCCGUCGAUAUGGCACUACUUGUGGGUGGGUGGACGGUGGUGGGGAGUCUGUUCACGGUGAACUGUGUUUUUGAGGUUGUGGGGUUGGUGUUGGAAUUUGCGGCCGGGUGGGAGACGGGAUUGGGGCAGGGGAGUAAGUAUGGAGUUUGGUUGGCGCAGGUGGCGAUGCAGACGGCGGGGAAGGCGGGGGUGAGGUUGGAGGAGCUGCUGUUUGGGGCCGAUACGGCGGUGGAAAGUGUGGGGAAGGAGGUCGGGGUUAACUGGGCUUUUCUUGCCGCCAGCGUGCAUGCGCAUGCUUCGCUGAGGGAGAUACAGGGGGAUGUGAGGGCCGUGGUGGAUUGGACGGGUCGUGGUAUCACGGUGAUGGUGGAGAUGAUCUCGUCCGGGUCGGCGAGUGGCGUGUGGCAGCAGGCGAAAGAUCUCCCGGCGCAGGUGUUCCACGCUCUCGUCGCCGUGGGACGGUAUUGGGAGCCUUUACUGCGGUCCCUUGGCUUGCUCAGCCCCGGCGUCGCAGGAUCAUCGAGUGCUACGUCCCUCGAUGCGGACCUGGUCUACUGGUCCACCACCGACCGCACCCUCACCGUCGCCAUCGGCUACCUCUCCCUCGCCCUCCUCGCGGCCCUUUACGUCGCCCUCGACACCCCCCUCGCACGCACAGAAGCGGGACGCAAGACCGAGAAAGCCGUGCGCGAUACUCUACGUCAAGCUGGAGGGGUGCUGAAGGUGAUCCUCAUCAUCAGCAUCGAGAUGCUCGUCUUUCCCUUCUACUGUGGCGUGCUGCUCGACGUGGCCUUCCUGCCCUUAUUCAAAAACGCUACGGUCGCGGGACGCUGGCAGUUCGCGAGGGAGCGACCGUGGAUGUUCUGUUUCGUGCAUUGGUUCAUGGGGACGUGCUAUAUGUUCCACUUCGCGUUGUUCGUGGGCAUGUGUCGCAAGAUUUUGCGGAAAGGGGUGCUAUGGUUCAUUCGGGAUCCGGACGACCCGACGUUCCAUCCUGUUCGCGAUGUGCUGGAACGCAACGUCACGACGCAGCUUCGCAAGAUCGCAUUCAGCGCGUUGGUGUACGGGGCGCUGGUUAUCCUCUGUUUGGGCGGCGUGAUCUGGAGUAUCGGGAGAUUGGUGAAGGGGAUCUUUCCGAUCCAUUGGGUCAGUACCGAGCCGGUGCUGGAGUUUCCAAUGGAUUUGUUGCUGUACAAUGCCGUCACGCCGGUGGUGUUGAGGGUGCUGCAGCCGAGUGAGGCGGUCAGCGCGAUGUAUGCUUGGUGGUUGCGGCGGUGCGCGAGAGUUUUGCGCUUAUCGCAUUUUCUCUUCGAUGAUCGGCGGAAGGAUGAAGAGGGACACUUUGUGCGGAAGAGUUGGAAGAGCUUUCUGCUGCGGGAGAAGGGAGAGGUGGAUGAGAGUCCUGCAGUAGGUGGGCCGAAGGGGAGGAAGAUGGCGGUCGACCUAUUCGGACAGCAAGAGCAUAGCAUGCAAGCGCGGGAGGCGACAGUUCGGUUUUGUAGGGAUGGGAAGUACGUGCUCACGCCUUGCAACGACCAGUACCGCCCACCGAAGCCCGGCGAAGCGUUUCUGCACUCGUCCGACCAGGACGGCGACGUCUACAUUGCGGAUGCGGAGGGCAAGCGCAACGAUCACUUCGCCAAGGUCUACGUGCCGCCGUUCUUUCGGCUGAGGAUUACAGUCUUUAUGGUCGGACUGUGGAUGUUCUCUGUCGCGCUGGGGCUUUGCGGGACUUUGGUGCCGCUGGUGGUGGGGAGGAAGAUGAUGGGACAAGUCAUGCAAGGCGCAAGGAUCAAUGACAUCUAUGCAUACUCCGCUGGGGCGUACGUGCUUGGCGGACUGAUGUAUGGGGUGCUCAGAGGCAGGAGAGUUGUGAGUUGGGUGACAAGGAAGGCCAAAACGCAGCCGGCGAUGCGAGUCGACUCCAAAGCUGCGCUGGAGAAGGCGAGAAGCUGGACUGUGCGGGCGCUGAAGUGCGCGUACGUGUAUGGCUUCAUCGCGCUGAUCCUGCCAAUGAUCUUCGCAUUGGUGUUGCAGUUUUACUUCAUCCUGCCGCUGCACACUUACACGCACUCCGUCCUCUCUACAACGGCCUCUAAUUCUUCUGGCAAGAUCACGAACGCAACAGCCACCGCCAUGAGCUCGUCAACGUUCAUACCACCACCAUCGCCGCUACACCCGCCGACUCUAGCACACCACACCAUCCACCUUCUCCAAGACUAUUGCUUGGGCCUCCUCUACGUCCGCCUCGGAAUCCGCUUCAUCGUACAUACUCCCGCAUCACGCCCAGCCGAAGCCAUACGCCGCAUUACUGCCGAUGGCACGUUCAACCCUAACAUCGCCCUCGCAACGCGCUUCCUCGUCCUACCAAUCACGAUCCUCUCAGCGAACGCGCUGCUGGUCCCGCCUCUGCUCGUCCGGAUCAGCAUCUCGACCAAGCAGAUCUUCCUUUCCCACACACUGGCUUGGCUAGCCGAGCCGGAGACGCAAGCCAAGUUGUACCGGUACAGUUACCCGAUGUUCGCGGCGCUGCUCGUGCUGUUACUCUGCGGCAGUCAGAUGCUGAAGGGCGUGGGGAGGUGGCGGGCGAGGGUCCGCGAUGAGGUGUACCUGGUUGGGGAGCGGUUGCAUAAUUUUGGAGAGAAGAAACCGCCGGCUGGGAGUCGAAGUGUGGUGAGGAGAGAGAGAUGAGCAGUGAUACGGAAGCCACGACGAUAGAGCAGAGAUGUUCGUGUUGAUAGAGGUGGAUUGAAUAUCGUUUAGCGAGGCGUCUGGGACGGCAUUGUACGGAUGCAUGGCAGGCCUAGCAAAUGCUCAACCUUUUCUUUAUGGGUGUACAGCAGCAUAACGCGUCCUUCGAGUGUACGAUGUACUAUGGUGC